AUGAGACUAUUCGUGAUCGUGACCUUGUUAGCGAGCUCCUGCUGCGCGGGAUUCCUCGGUGGCUCGUCGGAUAACGGUUUCGGAGGGCAAUCUGGAGGUCAUGGUUCGGGCAACUUCCAUGGAGGCGGCGGUGGUGGUUUCGGUGGUCACGGUGACAGCUCCGGUGGAUUCGGCGGCUCGAGCGGAGGAUACCACAGCUCCAGCUCGGGAGCUUCUUCGGACGGUUUCAAGAAAGGAUCCGUACUCAUUCUGAAGACCGGUCAAGAAAAUGGUCAAGGCCAUUCUGGAGGACAUGGUUCAGCAGUCGGCGGACACGCGAACAUCGGCCAAACCCAUCAACACGGAUCAGCGAAUGCUGCUCCCUCGGGAGGCUGGUCUCAGCCUCAGCAAGAUUCCAACUUCGGAUGGCCGAGCGGAGGCCAGUCGUCGGGCAGCUCUUUCGGUGGAGGUUGGAGUCAAGGACCGAGUCAGAGCCAGGGCUGGAGCGACCAGGGACCGAAACAGAACUCCAAUGGUUGGGCGCAACAGAACUCCGGCGGAUCACAAAACUUUGGUCACAGCUCGAAGAGUCAAGGUUCCAUCGGCGGGCAAGGAAAAGUAUACGUAGUACAGGACGUGAAGCAUGGAAUUAUUCAAUACGGCUCUCCCCAAUCAGCUGCUGGUUCCCAGAAUCACGGAGGUGGUUGGCAACAAUCGAAUUCCGCUCCGCAGAACAGUAAUAACGGAUGGCAGACCGGUGGGAACGCGGCAGGACAUGGCGGUGCCCGUCCCAGCCAAGGGAUCUCCGGCCAAGCGAAAGUGUUCGUCGUGCAGAGUGUGCGCGACGCGACGAUUGAACAUGCUCCCGCAGGUCAACAAGGAGGGUCGCAUGGAGGGUCCUACGGAAGCGGCCACGGCAGCUCUCAUGGGGGCGGCCACGGAGGUUCCUACGGAGGCGGCCACGGAGGUUCCUACGGAGGCGGCCACGGAGGUUCCUACGGAGGUGGUCACAGCGGUUCAAGCGGAAAUAGUCACGGCAGCUCCCACGGGGGUGGUCACGGCGGUUCCUAUGGGGGUGGUCACGGCGGCUCCUAUGGGGGUGGUCACGGCGGUUCCUAUGGGGGUGGUCACGGCGGGUCCUUCGGAGGUGGUCAUGGCGGCUCAUCCGGAGGUGGUCACGGCGGCUCAUACGGAGGUGGUCACGGCGGCUCAUACGGAGGCGGUCACGGGAGCUCGACUCAAGGAAAGCCAGCGGAGGAUCCCAUGGUGGAUCUCACGGAGGAUCUCACGGGGGAUCUCACGGAGGAUCUCACGGGGGAUCUCACGGGGGAUCUCACGGGGGAUCUCACGGGGGAUCUCACGGGGGAUCUCACGGAGGGUCUCACGGUCCAAGCGCAGGCUCCCACCACGGUUCCAAUCUUGGGUCUUCAGGUGGAAAGCAAGCUAAGGUGUUCGUGGUUCAAGACGUCAAAGAAGCCACUGUACAAAUACAGCACGGAUCCGGUGGUUAUGGCUCCGGUGGAUCAGACAAAUCGUCACAUCACUCGAGCGGUUCCUCUUCUGACUCAGGUUUCGAUGUACUUCAAACAAAGCCCAUUCGCUAACUUCUUGACGAUUACGAUAAGCGAUCCCAGCGUUGACCAAGUCAACCCCGAAUUGCGGGACGAUCUUUUAUUAUGUGUUGAGAAGUCUCUAUUGUCAGUGGGAGUUCUGACCCCAAGUGUCGUUUCGAGGCAUACUUUCGAGGAUGCCCGGAUGAAUGUGUACCUCAAUCGGCAGUAUGCUUCCUAUCAAGAUCGUCUUGAAAAUCAUGUCAAAGCCCCACGCGAGGACAUCAUGCAUCAAAGCAACGUGAGUACGACCGAGACACCGAAUUUCGAGCUAGUGCGGCCCAUAUACGAUUACCAAGUUUCGUUCAUUCCUCUACAGGCUCUAUAUCCGUCGCCAAUCGAUGUCGCAUACAGUAAACGCUGCGACUCGAGCAGGAAUCAUCAAUGUGACAUAUGCACUAAGAGCUUCAGUCUGAAGCAUCAUCUAACCGAGCACAUGCGAAUCCAUACAGGAGAAAAACCCUUCAAAUGCGAGAUCUGCCAUAAGAGAUUCGCGCAGGCAGGAACAAGGAACUUCCACAAACGGAAGACUCAUGGCGUCGAGAAGAAUGGAGUUCCGAUCGGCUUCCACACAUUGGUGUCGUCGCCGGUUAUCGAGCUCUUACGCAACGAGCUUACGAUGUAA